ACCUCAUUGUAAUCAGGUUUUACUGAAGAGAGUCAUGAAAGCUGUGAAAGAUACAGAUGUUUUAAAUAAACCCUGGCAAAGGACUUGAUAAUAUAGAUGGGGUGGACUGGCCUCUGAGAGAAAGGAAGGAAAAAGAAUAGGCCUGUCAUUCUGCAGCAUACAGGGAAGCUGCCCUGAAAAUGCAUUCCCUUUUAUCUUCAGGAGCGGAACACUUGCCUAAACUGAAAGGGAAGGAAACAAAAGGUAAUCUGUGGAACUCGCUGCCACAAGGUACGGUUUAAUGUUGCUGCAGGAAGGACGAGGGGCUCCUAGCACAAAGAAUGUGCCUGAGGUUCUGGGUAUGGCUCAUGCUCUUGUCGCUAGAUGGCAAUAAACUCAAAGCCUCUGGAACUCCUCAGCCACUCGUGUGGAAGUUGGCUGGAUCUUUGUGCUGGUAUUUUAAGGAAAGAGUACGCCCACAUUUAAAAAUCCAUUAAUCUCGUUGGAGAACCGGUGGCAUUCUGCGAACUAUUGAAGUCCUGUAGAAACAUGUGGUUAGCACAUUUUUAUAGUGCUUUUUUUUUCCCCAAACCAUAUGUUAACAGUAGGCAACUUUGAUCAAAUGUAUUAAAAAUGUGUUCUGUCCUUUUCAUGCUUUAAAUAGGCAGCAGUUGCUUUUAACCAAGACCAGUAGGACUCUCUCUCAGCCUAUUGUCAGGAUUUGGAGGAGGAGGAGGAUGUCUGGCCAUGAGCCUUAGAAACUCACCAAGCAAGAGAAGAAUGAGUGUUGAUUCUGGCUUCCAGGUCUGGAGGAAACACUCCUGGAACCUCUCAGCAGCUGUGCUUCAGAGUCCUACAACCACUUGCAAAGUGAUUGGUGCUAAGACAAGGAUGUGGAGUCCUGAGUGAGGAGUCAGCACAUCAGGUAAAAAUCCAAUAGCUUGGAAUUUAUUGGGUUUAAGGGAAUUAACAACUCACGGCCGGAUGCUUCUGGCUGAGUUUAUCACCAGCCAGUAAGGAAUUGGUUAAACUUGAGGAAUAAGCAGUCACAGAAGAACAUGCCAAAGGAAAAAGAAACUGGUAGAAGAAACUACAACAGUUGUAGUCAGCAAUGUGACUGUGUGUAAACAGCACCACGUUACUCACCAGCUCCAUUCCCUGGGUGCUUUUGAGUCAGAGCCGUUUCCUCCACCGAUAAAGGGUUUUCUGCUGUCAGCACUGAGGCAGCGAGUUCCUUAAGGAAGAGCCAGCUGGAGUGUGUUCAGCAGCAGAAUCAGCAGGUACCUCCUGAAGGCAGGCUCUGUGGCUGGUCACCCAGGCUUAGCAGGCCUCCUUUUGGCUUCCCUCACCAUUCAUACUGUUUCAGUUACUGGCCAGAAGAUGCUGCUGCAUAUGGUCUUUUCUUUUGCUUCCCCCAGGUCUGAAUGGGCAUCCUCCAGGGAAUUCCCAGUGCCUCAUUUUGCUGUCUGUGAUGCAGGAGGAUGGCCCAUACUAAUAUCAGCAUCCUGCCAUCUGUGAGAACUGCUCCAGGCCCAUCAGAAGGUUGUCUUUGGUGACUGGAGCUCGAAGUAAAACCAUAUGAGGAGACAAAGAUCAAAAACUGAAGACAGAAUCAAUCCAGUCUCAGGCAGACAGCUGGAGGAGUGUCAAACAAAGGAAGGAACAGCUGGAUCAAUGAGACGAAAACACGGAGACGCUGCUGGAGAAAUGGAGCAGCUCGCAAAACUCCUCCUGUGGCAGAUGGUGCUUCAGCAAAGUUCUGUUUGUUUAUACUCAGUCCCAGCUGAUGCCUCAAACCCCCAGGACAGUGUUGUAGUGUCAGUGUUGAACAUCAGUGCUGCAGUGGGCUCUCAGGCUGUGCUGCCCUGCAAGAGCUACCGCAUGGUGUGGACCCAGGAUCGCCUCAACGACCGGCAGCGUGUGGUGCACUGGGACGUGUACAGCAGCUACUAUGGGGACAACAAGAUGGAGAGGCUGUGUGACAUGUACUCUGCUGGAGCUCAGCGAGUCUACAGCUCCUACAACCAGGGGAGGAUAUUCAUGCCCCAGAAUGCAUUUACAGAUGGCAACUUCUCCUUGGUGAUCAAAGAUGUUGCAGAGAGUGAUGCAGGCACCUAUUCUUGUAACCUUCACCAUCACUACUGCCACUUAUAUGAAACUGUGAAAAUCCGACUAGAUAUCACCAAGAAAGCCAAGGAUGCAAACCAGUACUGGGAUGGGGAAAUGCAAGUGAUUGUUGCUCUGGAAGGCAGCACAGUGAUGCUGCCCUGUGUGAACCGUAACCACAUCUGGACCGAGCGGCACAGCGAGGAGGAGCAGCAAGUGGUGCACUGGGACAGGCAGCCCCCGGGCGUUCCUCACGACCGGGCCGACCGCCUCAUUGAUCUCUAUGCGUCUGGGGAGCGCCGCUCCUACGGGCCUCUCUUCAUCCGUCAGAAGAUGAACAUCACUGACACAGCCUUUGCCCUGGGAGACUUUUCCCUGCGGAUUUCACAGCUGGAAAGUGCAGAUGAAGGCACUUACUCCUGCCACCUGCACCAUCACUACUGUGGCCUGCAUGAGCGCAGGAUCUACCAAGUCUUUGUGACGGAGCCGGUGAGAGAGAAGAAGGUGGUGAACCUCACAACUCACAACGUUGCCCCAGCCAUAGAUCCAAACGUUGUCAGGGGCCACAAUGUGAUAAAUGUCAUCAUUCCCGAGAGCCGGCUGCACUUCUUCCAGCAGCUGGGCUACAUCCUGGCAACUCUGCUGCUCUUCAUCGUCCUCCUCAUCAUCGUGGUGCUCAUCACCCGCAAGCGCCGGCAGAGAGGUUACGAAUACAAUGUGAAGAAAUAUGGAGAGAAGGAUGUCAAUCUGAAAGAGUUUACAGUCGACACAACAGAUCUGACUCAAAUCAGAAGUGAAGACGUCAGGCUGGAUUACAAAAACAACAUCCUGAAGGAGAAGGCUGAGCAAGCCAGAAGCUUCCCAGCAAAGAACAUUGAUUUAGACAAAGGUAAUAACGACUUGCUUCGCCCUAAUUGGUGGCUGCAGGAACCUUCUGAUGGGUUGAAGGAGGGAAGAACACAGUUUUGCAGUGAGCUGACCAAGCCACAGCCGAAUGAGGAAGGAUAAACAUCAUGACAGAUGGUAGGAGGAAUGAGAACCUAGUUGCCUUGCUAUCCUUUCAUCAUGGAGCCACAAGAUGCAAGUAGUGAUUAGGCUGUUAAAGACUUUUGGCGUGGCAUACACAGAUUCUUUUCUUUAUUGGAAAACGAAUGCCUGGAAGGGCUGGAAUAGUGCAUUCUGUAACCUCAGAGGGAGGUGUAGCUCAAAAAUGUCCUGGCAUGGUGUUUGAGAUGAAAACACUGUGCAAAAGGGAGUGUUUAGAGCUGAAGUAGUUUAUGGGUAAUGGGCAGGCACUUACUUCAUCCAACAAUAGCAAACAACUCUCCCUCUCUAGGGGCUGAAUCUCCCUUUGCUUAUCCAGUAUUAAUCCUGAGUAUUAUGCCUCAGUUUGUAGAGUCACACUUACGUCAAACAGUGCUUCUAAGCUGUUGUUCAGUUCCAUGACUCUUCUCAUAUGAAUUUAGAAUAUAAUAAAUUAGACUGAAAUGAUAUCAAGAAGGGAAUGGUGUGGAGAGUCCAUGGGUUGCCUUAGACCUUCCUGAUGGAGUUCUCAUGAUAUUUUUGCCUAUAUUCUGCAGAGAUGAUCUGUGCAAUGGUUCUUUCACAGUUAAUCUCACUGGGGGCUUUAUGAAGAGGGUACUGGGGACAUGGUGGACUGCAAAUGGUCACUUGUCACUGUGUGGCUGACUCCAUAUUACAGUGUGCUGCUUUGGAUGGUUUGGAAUAUCUCUCCAGUUACUGACCUCCUUUUCAUUUGCUUUCAGAUUUCAGGAAGGAAUAUUGUAAAUGAAGACAUUCCCAAGCUGCUGGCUGGACCAGAAGCUUCAAUCAAAGAUAGAUAAAUGGAAGAGAGAUGCCUUUUCUUAAUAUCGUGUCUCUCCAGUUACCAUAGAUCUUUUCACAUAGACUUCUCCCCACUAAGCACAAGGGUAUUUGCAAAUGCUUUUUGAAAGAGUUAGACUGUCUUACGUGCACUUACGAUGGGUUUGGGUUGCCUUUUCUUCUUCUGUUCUCCCAAUCCUCUAUUCCCCUUCUUCUUUCCUGAUAUUAUUGUUGGUUUUAUGCAUCAAUGAUUUUUAUGAGCUGAAUCAGCAGACCUUUUGCUUUGAUGUUACUGCUUUAAAUAAACCAACCUGCAUCACUCAUCCUGA